UGCGAGUCUUUUUGCCUGUUCAAGUUCUUUUCACAAUUUACCGUAAUCCAUUUCUGUUGACUACGAAAUUCAUGUUUCUACGCAUAUAAAUCUACAAAAAAUCUGAAAAACCAUUGAUGAAGACAACAUGCGGAUUCACAACUGCACAGUGAUGGCUUCGUGUAUCUGGGCCUGAGCUUCGAUUCUUCCACCCGAAGUUGCAGUUCCAGGGUCGUCGUCGUCGUCGUCAACUUUCUCUUUGCGCGAUCUCCAACCCACCAUUGUUUCUACGCAAGAAUUUCACAUCGAGACCCAUAUCCUGAACUUGAGAAAUAACCCCCCCAAAUUUCAGUUACUGGACUGCAUCCCCUCGACCUGACGACCGCCAUAUACAGAACGACAAAAGAUCGUCUCUUUCUACUCUUUCUACGCCCCGUACCUCGGCUCCAGCGACCCAGGCUAGGGAGACAUCAUGGGUAGCUCCAAAAGCGGCUUCGACGGCGAUUCCGCCAGCGAAUCCUACGGCGGCGCCGCCACCGAGAGCGACGCGGAGGGCGACCGGGACGACGGGUGCCCGCCUGCCCUCGAAUCGAGCCCUUUCGCUGAGGAGGAAAAGGUCCUCGCUUUCCAUAGCCUCCACAUUUACGAGGCCAAGGUCAAAAAAAUUGAAUAUCGACUCAGGGAAUGGAGAUACUAUGUUCAUUACCUGGGUUGGAGCAAAAAUUGGGAUGAGUGGGUCGGCGUGGAUCGACUGAUGAAAUACACUGAUGAGAACCUUCAGAAACAGCGGGAGCUCAAUAAUAAACAAGACGCAGAGAAAACUACAAAACCCAGCCGUGCAUCUCAUACUAAACCAAAGGGUUCGAAUGUGCCAAGAGGCAAGAAGCGAAAGAAUGAUUCUAUUCUCAAGGAGAAAAGUGCUUUACCCUCGGAGAAGCUUGUGAAUAUACAGAUUCCACCAACACUGAAGAAGCAGCUCAUCGAUGAUUGUGAAUUUGUUACUCAUCUGGGCAAGCUGGUCAGACUUCCCCGUGCUCCAAGUGUUGAUGACAUCUUGAAGAAGUAUCUUGAUUAUAGAUUAAAGAAGGAUGGAAUUUUUCUUUACCAAUGUAGGAUGGCGGAUUGUGUGGGAGAAAUUAUGAAAGGCCUGCGCUGUUACUUUGAUAAAGCCCUGCCUGUGAUGCUCUUGUACAAAAGCGAGCGUCAACAGUAUGAGGAAACAGUUGUUGAUGACGUCGAUCCUUCAACUAUUUACGGUGCAGAACAUCUGUUACGCCUCUUCGUCAAGUUGCCCGAGCUGUUGGUCUAUGCAAAUAUCGAAGAGGAGACGCUGAGAGAGUUGCAGCACAAAUUAAACGACUUUCUAAAGUUCCUGCAGAAAAAUCAGAGUUUGUUUUUCCUAUCAGCGUACAAUGUUCGAGAAGAGAUCGAAACCAGCACGAACAAUUUAGUGGACUGAUUGGAUCAGUUGCAGCAACAGCAUGUACAUAUUAUGAUACGUAUAUGUAUAGAUAAAAAUCCGCAGUGUCUUGUCCACUUUAUGGCCAUCCAUAUUCUUGUUUUGAGGUUUUCGGAGUUCCCUGUUGUGCUCUUGCAAGCCGGGUACGGUCGGAAAAUGAGAUGUGUUUGUGCUUGAGGACGCACUUUGUUUCACUACUGUGUCUCUAGGAUGAUGACUCCAGCUGAAGAUUGUCUUAUAAUAUCCAAGGAAGAUUUUUAUUGAGUCA